AUGCACCUGACAAUAACAGAUGGAGAUCCAAAAGAGUACAGGACCUUUGUAGAUGCAAUACCAACUUUCUACCCUCUUUGCGAACACAAGCUUUGUCACUGGCAUCUACUGUAUCGCAGUAAUCUCAUGAAGGUGCAGACUGGAAAAUGUGGAGUUAAAGCUACUAUUCUAUUCCGCGUAGUUGUUCUUUGGAUUGAGAGCUGGAUGACCAAAAUUGAGACACAAGAGGAAUACGAACUUUCUAAAAGGCUCUUGGCUGAUUGGCUUGCAACCCCCGAAGCUAUUGAUGUCAAAUUGGGUGGUAUGGGGCAAACUAUUGUAUCGCAAAUUAAUGCGUACAUGACACUGUCACUUUUUCCUCAUGAACAGCGCUGGGCUAGAUAUCGCUAUUUAUACACACAAGCAUUCAACACAUCUGCAAGCUUGUAUGCCGAGGCAGAAAAUAGUGCUUUAAAACGAUGGGGCGACGGGGUCAGGCCAAGCUUUUCCGUACCAAAAGCAACUCAGGUUAUAAACGAAGGGACACAACCUAGGUCAAAGAAGAGGCAUCAAAAAGCUGUUUACAAUUUAAAUGCUGCCAAGACGAGAAAGCCUGCCUACUAUGCAAACAUUGGGGAUUUAGUGGAUUACAUUCAAGAUUCUCUUUCCAAAGAUUUUGAAGCAGCUGCUUCAUUUGUGCUCUUCCGUCCAAAUGCAGACCAGUUUUGGGUCAAGCAAGCCACUUGCAAAAGCAAAAACACGGACAUUCGGAAAAUCAACAACAGUAGCUAUUACAAGUACAUGAUUCCGCAGUUUGAACGCACACGAAUUGUGGAGCUUGUUAAUAUUGAUGGUACAUUCUAUUUGGUGUGUAGCUGCGGAAAAUUUCAGCGACAAGCUUCCCCAUGUGCCCAUCUUUACAAGGUUCUUGGUCAAUCACCCACGUCAACCGAUGUCUCUGUACGCUGGACAAAGCACUGGGAUGUGUAUUUGCACCGAAGUGGCCACAGUGACCUGUCAAAGCAUUUGGAAGACCUGUACAAACAGGAGCGACCAGGUCCAGUAUUUGUUGAUAGUGGUCAGUGGGUGAUCGGAAAAGGUGAAAAAGGGUCAAAUUUUUUCGAAACUUCGCUUCCGUACAAGCCCCCUGUCAUACGAGAUUUUAAUCGAUGGGCAGUGUCUUCGCAAACAACUGGAGCUGAUUUGAGUGGGACCAAAAAUACCACAAAUAUGUAUUUUUCGAGUGGAAUGGUGCAAGAAUCAACAAGCCUGUCCAGAGAGCAUGCAUUCCAGGAUUCAUUGCAUUAA